UCUGCCCCUUCCUGGAGAAACUGUCACCAAAUUCUCAGUGAGUAUUCACAGAGGGCAUGGUUCAGUGGCUAGGCAUGCACAUUUGCAUUUGUUGUUGACAACUGUCAGCUUUGACCUCCUUCUCUUCACAACCCUGUCUAAAUGGGGUUUGUAAUCCUCCUUCCUACCCACUCUCUUCACUCCCUGGGGCAAGAAUGUUGACUCCUGCUCGUCACCUGUCAGGAUCCAUCCUCCUGUCACUGGCUUAUAUGGACAAGUCAGCCCACAUCACAUGACUGCAGGUUGCUAAAAACAGCUCCGGCACCCACUCCAAACCAGGGCCUGAAACAAUGUCCUCCACCGAGAGAAACGUAAAGGACACUUGAUCACACAAUCCCUGGAAUAAUAUCCAGGAAACACUUGCUGGAGCCACUUGCAGCACCCUUGCCUGGCAGCACACUUGGGGACAGCGAGGAGAUGAGCGCAUCCCUGAAUUACAAGUCUUUUUCCAAAGAGCAGCAGACCAUGGAUAACUUAGAGAAGCAACUCAUCUGUCCCAUCUGCUUAGAGAUGUUCACGAAACCCGUGGUCAUUCUCCCCUGUCAGCACAACCUGUGUAGGAAAUGUGCCAGUGAUAUUUUCCAGGCCUCUAACCCGUAUUUGCCCACAAGAGGAGGCACCACCAUGGCAUCAGGGGGCCGAUUCCGCUGCCCAUCCUGUAGACAUGAAGUGGUUUUGGAUAGACAUGGGGUAUAUGGACUUCAGAGGAACCUGCUGGUGGAAAAUAUCAUUGACAUCUACAAGCAGGAGUCCACCAGGCCAGAAAAGAAGUCCGACCAGCCCAUGUGCGAGGAGCAUGAAGAGGAGCGCAUCAACAUCUACUGUCUGAACUGCGAAGUGCCCACCUGCUCUCUGUGCAAGGUGUUUGGUGCACACAAGGACUGCCAGGUGGCUCCCCUCACUCAUGUGUUCCAGAGACAGAAGUCUGAGCUCAGCGAUGGCAUCGCUAUCCUCGUGGGCAGCAACGAUCGAGUCCAGGGAGUGAUCAGCCAGCUGGAAGACACCUGCAAAACCAUCGAGGAAUGUUGCAGAAAACAGAAACAGGAGCUUUGUGAGAAGUUUGAUUACCUGUACGGCAUUUUGGAGGAGAGGAAGAAUGAAAUGACCCAAGUCAUUACCCGAACCCAAGGAGAGAAACUGGAACACGUCCGUGCUCUGAUCAAAAAGUAUUCUGAUCAUUUGGAGAACGUCUCAAAGUUGGUUGAGUCAGGAAUUCAGUUUAUGGAUGAGCCAGAAAUGGCAGUGUUUCUGCAGAAUGCCAAAACCCUGCUACAAAAAAUCUCCGAAGCAUCAAAGGCAUUUCAGAUGGAGAAAGUAGAACAUGGCUAUGAGAACAUGAACCACUUCACAGUCAACCUCAAUAGGGAAGAAAAGAUAAUACGUGAAAUUGACUUUUACAGAGAAGAUGAAGAUGAAGAAGAAGAAGAAGGCAGAGAAGGAGAAAGAGAAGGAGAAGGAGAAGUGGGAGGAGAAGCAGUAGAAGUGGAAGAGGUAGAAAUUGUUCAAGCAGAGUUUCCAGGAGAAGAUGAAAGCCCAGAAAAAGCUUCAGAGCUCUCUGAGGUGGAGCUGCAGGCUGCCCCUGGGGCACUUCCAGUUUUCUCUCCAGAGCCACCUUCAGCCCUGCCACCUGCUGUGGAUGCCCCUGUGACACAGGGGGAGGUUGUGCCCACUGGCUCUGAGCAGACCACAGAGUCUGAAACUCCAGUCCCUGCAGCAGCGGAAACUGCGGAUCCCUUGUUUUACCCUAGUUGGUAUAAAGGCCAAACCCGGAAAGCCACCACCAACCCACCUUGCACCCCAGGGAGCGAAGGUCUGGGGCAAAUAGGGCCUCCAGGUUCUGAGGAUUCGAAUGUGCAGAAGGCAGAAGUGGCAGCAGCCGCAACGAGUGAGAGGGCAGCUGUGAGUGGUAAGGAAACUAGUGCGCCUGCAGCUACUUCUCAGGAGUUAGUAAUCUGCCUAGCGCUUUUGGCUUUUCUUAUACUUCACUACAUCUGGAGUCAGAUUCAGUGCUUGAUUUUUACUUUAAUGGAUUGGAUUUGAGGCUCCUCCCCUCCAGGGACAGGCUGCAGCUCCAGCGAGUGGCAGUGGAGCUGAUUCUGAGCCAGCUCGCCAUAUCUUCUCCUUUUCCUGGUUGAACUCCCUAAAUGAAUGAUAUUCAUUCCAACUGCUGCCCCUCUGUCUGCCUGGCUGAGAUGCAUGUGGGCAGCAGGAAGCCCAAGUGAAAUUAAUAUUAUGCAAAUGAUGAAAGGGACCUCUUAACGGGAUUUCUGCAAAAAUAACCCAAAACUGUAAUUCCAGAUGACUUAUCUAACAUAUUCGGGGGAGAGAAUAUUUUGAGAAAAUAGUUGCAGAAAGCACUGGAAAUAAUAAACUUGAUCUUAUGCAAAU